AGAAUAAGAGUUGCAUAGCCUGGGGUAAAGGAAGAAAGCGCAAAUCCAGAGAGAAAAAAAGGCAGCGUCAGAUUCGUACAGAUCCCACAAAUCUUUGGUUGAUAAAUUCCCCACUUCCCACUGUAUUUUUUACUGCCCGAAACUAGGAACUCCUCUUAGACACAACAGCUUAGCUUUGCUGCUUCUUUCUUUAUUAAGUCAGGGAAGCAUCAUCUGAUGCCGCAUUGCCCUUGAGCGGUUCAAGGUUCGAGUCGCAAGGAGGACUGCCAACAGCACAAUGGACGUUGCUCAGCUGCAGCGCGCAUUCGUUGAGCACACGAAUUCUCUCUUCCACGAGGGAUAUCUGGACGAGCAAUUCACACAGCUACAACAGCUGCAGGAUGAGAGCAAUCCUGAGUUUGUUGUGGAAGUGGUUUCUCUCUUCUUUGAGGAUGCUGAGAAAAUCAUCAAUGAUUUGUCCAAAACUCUAGAUCAGCAUCCGACUGACUUCCAGAAGGUUGAUGCCUAUGUCCACCAAUUCAAGGGAAGUAGCUCCAGCAUAGGAGCUCAUCGAGUGAAAAAUCUAUGCAUACCAUUCCGUGCAUUUUGUGAUGAGAGAAACAAAGAAGGAUGUAUUCAAUGUCUUCAGCAAGUCAAACAGGAGUAUUAUGUUGUUAAGAACAAGCUUGAAACUUUAUUUCGGCUUGAGCAUCAAAUUCUCGAAGCCGGUGGAACUAUCCCAAUGGCGGAUUAAGCCUAUGUAAAUCUAGUUUAUGAUGCUGGAAUCUAGCGGCUGUCUGUAUAUCUAUGAUCAGUGGAGUUGAAGUUGUGACUGUACAAGUUCUAGUUACAAGCAUAUGUUUACUUAAAUCCUCUAAGGGUUUUUUUGUUCGAUGUUUGAGAAGCUUGUUUGGUCAUCUAUUCAAAUCUCAAACUUUCCAAGCAUGUUUCUUGAAUGCAUUCUAUACAGAAGAAACUCAUGUAAUGUUUCCCCCUAUUAUUAACCCUUCUUUUCCAGUCAAUUUAUGGAUGCAUUCCUUCUAGUCUUUUUGUUCAUGUCCCAAUUCCACCUACCGCUAAUUGGGAGGACAGAAUGGAGUUAACUCCAGCACUGCAUAAAUUAAGCUUUGUUUGAUCACAAGUUAUCAGUUUCUUCAA